CUUAAAUUGAUUACUAGAGGAUAUCAAUUUGCAAGACAAACAAAAUAAGCAAAGCCAAAUAAAUAAACUUAGGAAAAUAAAGAAAGUAAUGAGAAAAUGAAAAAUAUGCAACAACUAGUAAAAGUCUAUAUAAUUAAGGAAUAAAUAUUUAGAUCCUUAGACUUCUGAUGCUUUAGAUAAAUACAUAGACUCUUUUGGCAAUAGCUCUUUUUCAAGUCUUAUAACCAAAAUUUCAUAAGAUAUAACUUCAGAGCAUAGUCAUUUUAAAUGUAUUUUAUAAUCACAAUUAAAAUAGAAAUUUGUAAGCAAGCCUAAUAAAAUAAAGAUUUAAGGUCAUUAGUGAAAGAUAAAAAUUCUGAAUUCAUGAAACAAGUUUUAGAAUUAUAGAAUAGUAUAGCUCCCAAUACAAUUGUAAAUAAAGAUGAAAAAUCAUCAUCCUAAGUGAAAU